AUGGCAGCUGCCGCUGCCGCUGCUGCAUCGGCCGCCGCCGCCGCCGCCGCGCCAGCCACCCAUCACGCAGACUGCCCCAUGAACGCCCUCCGCUCUACCGCCCUCCGCCGCUCCACCCUGCACUGGGACGCCGCCGCCUCCUUCUUCUCCCCGCCCUUCCGCUCUCGCCGCUGCCGCUGCCGCGUGCUUGCCCCUCCGGCCGCGGCGCUGCCCGCCAAGUCCCGCUCCAGGGCCCGGGCCAAGCUCCUAGCGGACGUGGCGGCUGCGGACCCCUGGCUCGCCUCCCUCUCCCUACUCCCGGCCGACGACGGCGACGCCGCCCCCGCCCCCACCGGCUGGGCGCUUGGGAUCGAUCCCGACACCCGCGGCGCCAUCGCUGUCCUCUCGCCCGACGGAUCCUCUCAGGUGUUCGAUAACCCGUUCGUGCACAUAAUGGUGUCGGAGUUCACCCGGAAGCGCCUGGACACCAAGUCCAUCAUCCAACUUCUCCGUGGCCUUGAUGCGCCUCCCGGAACUACUGCGUAUAUUGAGAAAUCAAGUCCAUUUCCAACUGACGGGAAACUGGGAUGGUGGAGUACAGGUUUCUCGUAUGGCUUGUGGAUUGCUUCUCUAGUGGCAUCUGGGUUUUCUGUUGUACCGGUCGCAUCACAGACAUGGAAAGCUUACUUUGGGCUAACUCGAAGUGAAUCACCUAAGGAUGAUAGCAGACAAGCUGCUAGAAUACUGUUCCCGGAUAUGGCUCUAUCCCUGAAGUUGAAGAAACAUCACGGACGAGCAGAGGCUCUUCUGUUAGCCGCCUAUGGAAAAGGACUCGUGCUACCACCAGACAAGUUCAUCAAAACACAAAGAGUACUCAAGCAUGAACCCAGCUUGACAUUGACGGGGAGGACCGAUUGAAUUGUCAAUUGUUAUUGGUUCGUAUUGGCAAGGAGCUGCAAAUAAUUUGAUUAUUCGCCAGGAGCUCAAUCACGUACAUAGCAACUCAGCGUAGAACUGAACUAAUUCCACUCAACUUCCCGGAAGGCCGUACUGAUUUACAGUCGUGUUGUCUAAUGUAACAAGCUAGUGUAAAUGGGGUCAUGAGUAUUGUGUGCCAGCUGAGACCACUGUGCUGAUUUAAUUGACGCCAUUAAUUUUGCUCA